UGCGCCGGGAUAGUUUUCUCCCAAGAAGAGGGAUUUUUGCAGUCUCACCGAUUCGUAAGAUCUGGGGUUCGUUUCCGAUUGCCUGAAAAGCUAUUGAUAUCGAUUCGAUUUCAGAUUUGGAUCACCAAUUUACAAGAGAAUGAUGACUGUAGAUAAUCAGGAAACCCUAAUUUCAAUGGAAGGGGAAAUCUCUGAUGAUAUGUCAGUUGAAGAGAUUACCGAAGAAGAUUUCGGUUCUGUAUCAUCGAAAUUGAAUUCUAGGGUUCAUAUGGAGGAUUUAUUGGAUUAUUCUGUAUCGAGAAAUAAGAAUGACUUUGUUUAUCAUGAUUUCCUUGUUCAGAGUAAGAUGGAGGGCAUGGAUUUAGUGAAUGCUGUUGUAAUUGACGAUAGUAGUGAUGAGAGUGAGAUUGAGUGUAAGAUUGAAGUGGAUUAUGAUGAACUAGAAGAAGGUGAGAUUGAUGAAUUGGAUGUUGUAGAUGUAGACGAUGAUGAUGAUGAAGAAAAAGAUGAAUAUGGUGAUAACUUUGAUAAGAAAAAUAUGGAAUUAUGUGAUAAUCAGAUCCAUUCGACUCCUAAAGAGUUGACUAAUGUGACUGUGAAUGAAGAUGAGAAAUCAUUUGCUGGAAUUUGUGUACGAUAUUUGGAAAGUUUGCAGCUGAUAGUUUGCGGUGCAGACGGAGAAGUUCUAUUUCAGAAAUCUUUUACUGGAAUUCAAGCUUUGAAUGCAGUUUUUUCUACCAUGACGCCUUCAGAGAAACAAGAUAAUAUAUUUGUUUUAAAGAGGCUUCUCACCUAUGUAAAGACCCAAGGUUCCAGACUAUUGCCAGCAGAGUGUAUGAAAGAGAUAGAUGCCAUGCUGCAUUCAUUGUAUUCUGAUGUUUCAAGUGUUAAGGCCUAUGCUAUAGAGAGAGAGGUAUCAAUGAAUAAUGAAGAGAAGGAAUUGGCAUCUUCCAUUGAAAAUCCCCCUCUUCAAGAUUUAAGUUCUUUGAAGAAACUAGAUUUGCAGGCAAUAUCUGUUAAACCAAGAGUUCCCAUCGAGAGAAACAUGGGGCCUGAGGCUUUAAGAACUGGAUUGACAUCUUGUAAAGUGGGUACCGGAGGCUUUGGCCCUCUCGUGGAUUUUCACAGACAUCACGAUAUGGAUAGCCUUCCGUCCCCCACACGUGAAAUCCUGAAACCUUUGUCAAUAACAAAAAAUCAAGCUCAGCCAAACCUACCUGCCAUUAGUUUAGCAGAUAAAUCUGAAGAUGCUAUGGUUCAACUUUGCAAGAGUGAUGCUCUAGAAGUAGUUUCUGUUUAUCAACCUAAAUUUGGUCGAGGAUCAAACCUUCUGACUGAUCGGCUCCCAAAUCCAACCCCUUCAGGGGAACUUCAUGAUGGAAAUGGGGAUGAGGAAGCACAGGAGUCAUCAGAUCGUGUCAGCUCUGUACCCUACAUGGUGAGCUCAACCAAAGAGACAUUGGUUGUUGGUAUUACUGGUGAGAUGGCUUCAGAUUGUCCUGUUCUAAGUUGUCCUGCGAGAAGCAGCAGUCUUGGACCUGCACAUCUAGAAGUGGUUACACCAGCUGUCAAUAGUUCCUCUCAAUCGGCUUCUUUAAGCCAGCCCAUUGGAGAAAUGAUGAAUUCUAAGAACUGUAACAUCGGGGAACAGUCUGUGCUGGAAGGUCGCUCCUUGAAGAGACAAAGAAAUGGAUUCACACCCUCUGAUAUUACCGAGAAAACACAGCCUAAUGAGCCGUUAGAUAAUAACUUGUCAGGAAACAUGAAAUCUGAUCUCAGGAAAGCAGAACAUGGUGAAAAACAGUUGGCUAUUUCUGAGAUCCAUAAUGUACAGAGCAGCGAGAGGGAGCAGUUUGCAUCGUUGGGUACCUCUAAUGCAGUAUCUUUGCCUGAUUUAAUAAAGGACGUUGGAGUGAACUCAACCACUUUGGUGCAUCUAGUUAAGAAAUAUCAUCGAUUAGGAACAAAUUCCCAGCAAAAGUCUGGUGAUUCUGCCAAAAAGGCAACUUCCCUGUCCAGUUCGACGGCGAUAACCUUGUUCAAAAAGUAUUUUAAUCCCAGAGAAAAACCUAUUGUGAAACCUCAUAUUACAGAUGAAACACCAACGAAUCCUCAAGGAGAACUUUCCAAAAUCCGCUUGAAAGACCGUGACCCUCGUAAGAAUCUCCACUACGGUACAUUUCAACAAAAUAAGAGAUGCCGAUUCGAACAGUUCGAAGCAAAUGGAGCAGACCCCUCAGUUAGCCAAUCCGGAAAGGAUAGUUUCUCCCUCCAGCACCAAGGUCAUCAGGAGACCCAGACUACUACCUCGUCUUUUCAAUCUGCUCAGUUACCAGAUAUUGCUUCGGAGUUUACGAAGAACCUGAAAAAUGUUGCCGAUAUAUUAUCAAUAGAUAACACCUCCGUUACUGUUGCUCAACCUGUUUUGUCACAGCAAAUACCAGAAAAUAUGGAUAGGGUAGAGACGGGAAUUAUAGCAACAGACUGUGAUAACAGGCAAAAUAAGAAUUGCUUGCCUCCCGAAGAACAUACAAAAGAACCUUCUCAAUCCCCAAAUCCAUGGGAAGAGAUGGAACAUAUAUUUGAAGGGUACGAUGAACUACAGAAAGCAACCAUCUUAAGAGAGAGGGAAAGAAGAAUAGAGGAACAGAAAAAAAUGUUUGCAGCCAAGAAGCUCUGCCUUGUUCUGGAUCUGGAUCACACCCUUCUCAAUUCUGCCAAGUUUAUAGAAAUAGACCCUGUCCACCAAGAACUCUUGAGAAUGAAGGAAGAGAAAGAACGGGGGAAGUCACAGAGGCAUCUGUUCCGUUUUCCUCACAUGGGAAUGUGGACAAAGUUGAGACCAGGAGUUUGGAAUUUCCUGGAGAAGGCAAGUAAGCUUUAUGAACUUCAUCUCUACACUAUGGGAAAUAAGCGAUAUGCAACAGAGAUGGCGAAACUGCUCGAUCCUAGUGGGGCUUUGUUUUCUGGACGAGUUAUUUCUAGAGGAGAUGACGGAGAAUCCCUUGAUGGUGAUGAGAGGCCCAAGAUCAAGGAUCUAGAUGGGGUUUUGGGUAUGGAAUCUGCUGUGGUGAUCAUAGAUGAUUCCGUUAGGGUGUGGCCUCAUCACAAAUUGAAUAUGAUAGCUGUCGAGAGAUAUAUAUAUUUUCCUUGCAGCAGGCGACAGUUUGGACUACUGGGCCCUUCACUACUAGAGGUCGGGCGUGAUGAGCGAUCAGAAAAUGGGACUCUGGCAUCCUCCUUGGCAGUAAUUGAGAGGAUACACAGGACAUUCUUCUCUCAUCAGUGCUUAAAAAACCUAGAUGUUAGAAAUAUCCUGGCUUCUGAGCAGAAAAAGAUUUUAGCAGGUUGUUGUAUAGUCUUCAGUAGGGUUUUCCCAGUUGGUUUAGCCAAUCCCAAAUUACACCCACUAUGGCAGACAGCAGAACAGUUUGGUGCAGUUUGCACCAAUCAAAUUGAUGAACGCGUUACUCACAUCGUUGCUACUUCUCUUGGCACUGAUAAGGUUAAUUGGGCUUUAUCCAGCAGAAGAUUUGUUGUACAACCCGGCUGGGUGGAAGCAUCAGCCUUCUUGUAUCGAAGGGCAGAUGAGCGUGCCUUUGCUGUUUAGCAAUUAUUACCUGCAUACCUCAUGCUCAAACAUUUCAGACCAAUGUCUGAAAGUCAAUUUUCCUAACAAAAUGUGAAACCAACACAUUUUGGACAUGGCAGGUGAUUUAGAUCUAUCUGGGAAUCAGCUCUCAAAGACUUGAUACAUUGGCUCAGUUCCCAUCCUGACCAAGGUUCCCAUUUGACCAACACCCACCUUUUGGUUCCCAUCUGACCCAAAGUUGGCGAACUAUCAAUAUUGACCUCAAAAUCUGUACAAAAUAGAGAGGGUGCGAUGGGCCCAUGGUUCAUCCAUCUCAGGGGAAUAGCCCUGAAAAUGAAAUUUGGUACACCAAGGUUGAUAUAGUAAACAAAAGAGAGAAUACGUUUGAGUUUGGAGAUCGCCCGAGUCUAACAUAAUAAAUAAUCCUAAAGUUUUGGGUUUUAGAAUAUCUGAAUCAAAAUUGUUUAAAGAAACUGUAUACAAAUGUCAAAGGAAAAGACCAUUUUCACCUAUAUUUAGAUGACUUGUUACUUGUUAGUGUCAAAAUCAGAAACUGAUAAGUGACCAUUAAGCAACAUUAAGCAAAUUUAAUUUGUUGGGCCGUGUGGCUUAAACCGUGAAAGCUAUUGGAUAUUUUAAAUUCUGUAAUUUUGUUCUGUUCUAAUGGCUUAAAACCUUAUUAACAAAUUCCAAUGGCAAUUGCCCAC